AUGGAUACGAGUGCAACGUACACUCUUGAAGAAUGUAUGAAUCAUAUUGGCUUAGGAAAAUUUCAAUGGCGUUUGUUUUCAAUUCUGGGCUUUGGUACCAUGGCAGAUGCAGCAGAAGUGUUGCUUUUAACAAUUUUAGGACCAGCGUUACAGUGUUAUUGGCCUUAUAUAACAGAUAUUCGUAUAGCUGCAUUAACUACAUGUGUUUUUAGUGGAACGCUGUGUGGAGGAUUUAUACUUGGUACCAUAGCGGAUAAAUAUGGACGACGUAGAGUAAUAGUGUCAAGUGCUAUAAUAGUUUCUUUAUCUGGAAUGCUUACAGCAUUUUCCCCAAGUUAUAACUAUGUACUAUUAACCGCAUUCUUUGUCGGACUUGGCAUGGGGGGUCUUAAUCAAAAGUGA